AUGCCAAAAACACGGCAGCUGCUUCGACGCGAAAUCACAUAUUCCGAGGCCAAGACUGAAGAAGUUAAUAUUCUCCAUCAGCUUGAAUAUCCUGCCGAAAAAGCUAGAUUUUUCGCUCACCUUAAUGACCAUCGUGAAUGGAUGAAGACUGCUGUUGCCCACCAUCUCGGCCUAAGAUCCUCUGAUGACUGUUACGUGGCAGACAUAGAAACUUGGCGUCAUGGGAGUUUCAACGUUUGCGUCCCGAUAAGGAUCGAUAGCGGAGAUGAAAACUUUCUCAUGAUGCGAUUUCCCUUGCCAUAUCGCGUCGGCGAGAGCUUUAGACCUGGAAACGCCGACGAAAACUUCAAUGUACCGAUCCCAAAAUUAUAUGGCUUCGCUUUGUCUACUGGCGAAACGUUCACUCGACUUGAAUAUUUGCCAUUUUUCCCUCGAUGUUUCGACCUUUUGCGUCAACGUUUUCUAUCCUGGUUAGGGAAACCAGUUCCUUCAAACUAUGCCCGCCAUCAGAGCACAGAUCCGAUCUUCACUAGUCGCCCAGUCGACAGCGGCUACGUUUUGAUCGAGUACAUUCUAAACACACGCGGGAGUAUGCUUUCUAACACAUGGGAGGAAAAACGGCAUGACCUAAAGCUCCGGACGAACCUCUUUCGUGAUCUUUCCCGGAUUUUUUUAAACAUUACCCGAGUUCCUGCGCCUAGAAUCGGUUCAUUCAUCAUUGACAAGGAUGGAUACUUGCGUCUCGCGAAUCGGCCUCUCUCCGUCGAGAUCGAGGUUUUGGAGAAUGAGAUGAUUCCAACUGACAUGCCUCGCGAUUAUACCUACUCAACAGUCGACUCCUACGUGCUUGAUAUACUCGGAAUUCAUGACAAUCGUUUUCGAUAUCAACCUAAUGCCGUCAACCAUAUGGGCGAUCUGGUGUACCAACUUUCUGUAUUGACUGCGAUGCGAACCCUUUCCCGGUCAAUCUUCAACCGAGCAUUUUGCAGGGGCCCGUUCGUCUUCAACUUCACCGAUUGUCAUCGGAGCAACAUACUUGUCGAUGAAGAAUGGCAUAUAACAUCCUUAAUAGAUUUGGAAUGGACCUGCACUCAGCCAAUCGAGAUGUUCCAACCACCGUACUGGCUCACAAGCGACCACGUGGAUACAAUUGUUUUAGAAGAAUAUGACACAAUCCGGCACGAAUUCAUGGACGUUUUGAAAACAGAAGAGCAAGCUUUUACUACCAGCAACCGUGGAACGUCCCAGCUACAACUCUCAGAGAUCAUGGAACAAUCCUGGGAAUCGGGGGCUUUCUGGUAUACAUUGGCUCUGUCCAGCCCAACUGCAAUUUUUAGGCUAUUUGACUCGCGUAUCAGGCCUAUGUUUUUGGUAGGUAGCGAUGAUGAAUUUCAGAUUGUUAUGCCAUUUCUCUUUGAGAAGAAAAUCGGACGCCUUGCACAUCGCAAGCUUGAGGACAGAGAAGAGUAUGACAAGAAUCUCCAGCAAGCUUUCGAAGACCACUCAGGUUGA